CCUUGCUCUUGGUCACGCCCUGGCCUAGUUUCGCUCCACCGCCCCGCUCGUGCGGCAGCACGAAAUCAAGAGGAUGAAGUGGCCAAUGCUGUGCCUCAAGGGGCAGCCGCGAACAGAGUCGGACUCGCACGAGCCCAAGAAGCGCAAGGGCAGACGCCCCGGGUCGGGGUCGUCGCGCCCGAGCGCCGACGACCAGCCAUGGCACCCGCAGAGUAUCGGACGUUACGUCUUCUCUGGCAAGACCUUUGGGAAGGGUGCGACGGGCAACGUCUUCGUCGCAGCCUCCUCCACGACGGGGCAGUCGGUCGCCAUCAAGGUGCUCGACUCGGCGUCUUCGGGCAUGCCUGCCGAGGUGGCUGCUCUCCGAAAGGUUGCGAGCUCGGGACACCCCAACAUCUGCGGGUUCAUCGAGCACCACUGCCGGCACGGCAAACACUACAUCGUGAUGGAGGCGUGCACCGGCGGCGAGCUUUUCCAGCAGGUGGAGGCGGUUGGGCAGAUGAGUGAGGAGCGCGCGCAGCGGCUCGGCUGGAAUGUGGUGUCGGGCAUGACCUACAUGCACUCGCUGGGGGUGGCGCACCGCGACCUGAAGCUCGAGAACCUGCUCCUCGACGCGCCCAAUGGCAACGUCAAGAUCUGCGACUUUGGGCUCGCGCACGUCUUCGAGCGGCGGCCGGAUGGCUCGUUUGCAACCACCAAGCUCACACGCUGCUGCGGCACCAAGAGCUACACGCCGCCAGAGGUGCUGGCAGGCAUGCCGUACGACGGCUUCCUCGUCGACGUCUGGUCCCUCGGCGUCUGCCUCUUUGCCAUGUGCGCCGGCUUCUUCCCCCUCGAGGUUGCGCGCACGUGCGACUGGCGCUUCCAGCGGCUAUACAUCGCGCAGCAGGAGGGCCGCUCCACCGUCGAGACCAUCUUCGGCUUCUACGAGCGGCAGUGCCCCUUCACGCCGGCGCUGGCGGAGCUACUCGACGGCAUGCUGCAGAUCAAUCCGCGCCGCCGAAUCUCGAUGAGCAGGGUGGCCCAGUCGUCUUGGCUCUGCCCUUCGCCCGUGCCGCAGCUGAACCUCGACACCACGCUGACCCCGAACCCGGGCACGGCCUACCGCUCGAUGGAGGAGGACGACGGCGACGCAGAGACCGCCCACGCGGACGCCGUGGUCCGCGGGGGGAAGGACGACAUCUACUCUACGGAUAUGGAGGUGGAGCAGGUCGACUCUGGCAGGCUAGUGACUCUGCAGGUAUGACCGCGGCUCGUUUGGCUGUGCGGCACAGUAGUGCCUAGCAGCUCCCCCCACCCCGCUCUGUUUAUGCUUCCUCGCAGCUAUUUGCGCGCCUCAGUUCUCCCUCCGUCGGUGCUGGCGACUCUCUGUGCAUAAAUAACCUCGCAAUACGUCCCUCUCGCGGUCUAUGUCGACUCUGUCCCCGAUCCGCGAUCGGAUGUGAGAUCUGCGGGUGUAGUCUUGUGGCAGGGUGAUGAGAGGAAAUUCAGCAGUCUGUGUCGCAUACCCUUAAUCUAUCA